AAUCCGUAAUUAUAACGAGUCCGUCCCAGUCUCCACAUGAAUUUCAUUUCAAUUGGACUAACGACUUUCGACAAUGAAAGUCACCCUUCGCGCAAUUGUUUUAAUAGCAUUCGUUGCUGCUUGUUGUAAGGCGGAUGAUUCCGACCAGGAGAAGAAAGAGCAGGCCAAAGAAAUGGUCCGAGGUAUGGCCGAAGAGUGCAAAAAGCAGGAAGGUGCUACCGACGACGACGUGGAAGCCAUGAUCGAAGACAAGACACCGGAGACCCAGGUCCAGAAGUGUUUCCUCUCGUGCUUCCAGCAGCAGUUUCAGGUUUCCGACGGGAAGAAGUUCAACAAGGAUGGGUUCAUGCAACUGUGCGGAAUGAUGUUCGGCGAUGACGAGGAGAAAAUGAAUACAGCCGAGGAGGUUGCGGAUGAGUGUUCCAGUGUGGAGAAUGCGGACCGUUGCCAGCUUUCGGUGGACAUCAAGGAUUGUGUCGAGAAGGGGCUGGAGAAGCGAGGGAUUAAGAUGGAGAAGUGAAGCUGAUAACGGUGAAGAACGCGCGACAUGGAUAUUGCCUUCGAAUAUAGCUCAAUGUGGUUCAGUAUAGGGUGGUUUUGUGAAUAUUUCAGUAUCUGAUAAUAUGUAUACCACAUGGUAUACCAACAUCAUUAAACAUACGAGCAUUGAAAAAUUGAUUGAUUGCUAGCGGCUUAACGAAUAGUAAUAACCAAUAAAACCUUUUUAUUCUA